AUAAAUUCAAGCCUACUCUACCCCAACCCACCCAACCUCCACCCACCAACAACUACCAACUCCGGCGGACGCUAGAUCGGCGGCAAUUUUAACAUCGCUGUUGUUCUAAAACUCUAUAUAUUGCUACAUUGGGGUUAGGUCUCUACCAAACUGUUUCAAACAAUCACAACUGCUUGCUCAUUUGGUUUCCACUCAGUUAGCGUUCUCAUUAACCAUGACAACCUCAAAGCGAUUGGCUGAUAGGAAGGUGAUGAAGUUUGAGAAGAACAUAAGCAAGAGAGGUUCGGGAAUUGAACCAACUAAAAAGAAAGGCAACUCAUAUCCUGUUGGACCUAUUGUGCUCGGAUUCUUCAUCUUUGUCAUUAUUGGAUCUUCAUUGUUCCAGAUUAUCCGCACUGCAACAAGCGGAGGAAUGUCCUGAUUGAUGCAGGUAAGUUACUCCUCGUCGCUUAAAAAUGGUGUAAAAUAGGUUCUUUCAUGAGCUGUUGGUAUGCCCUUUUGAACUGGAAGUAACAAAUUUCGUCGUCAACGACUCAAUGGCAGCUAUGAAUACUUAGACAGCACUUUUAAGAAAUAUACAUGUUCUCUGAUUUGAUGAUCCCUUCAUUCUCUGCAUAUUUGGAUGAACAAUGUUUCAGACUUGACAAGAAUUGAUCUUUUAUGUGAAUCAUAUACUGUUAUUGAUUAGGAUAUUUGAUUUUAUGAACA